GCCGAGGUCCGCAGGAAGGUGGCCCCCGUGGACGCCCAGGGGGUUUGGGCUUUGUGCUUCUGGACGCUGCGGGGCCCCUUGGCACUGCGCGUCACACCAGCCAGGGGCUCUGGAGCCAGUUUGUUCAGAGACUGUUGCCUGGGUUUUGGGGGGUGGCGCCUUCUCUGCCCGGUGAGUCAGCUGGGCUCGCGGUGCUGCUUCCACCCGCCAACAGUAAACAGUGGAUGCCAGGUCUGGGGUCCCCAUCCUAGUUUUAGGGGGUGUUCCGGGAACAAGGACACCAUCAUGUGCUCCGGAUUAGUUAUGAGUCACGUGAACCGUAGGCGAGCUUGGCACAAAGAAGCUCUGGCAUCACAGAAAGCGGAGAGUGACGAGGAAUUCCGGAAAGGAGCGCAGCCUUAAGACAUCGCUUCAGUUCUGCGGUCUUCCUCAGCCACACAUGGUUAAAAGGAAAACCAGACCGGUUCCACCUGUUCUUUCCCGCUCAGAAUUUGUCCUGAAGGCAGAGGCACUUAGUAGGACCCAUUCACGCUGCCCCUUGGGAAGGCCCUUCUGUCCCUCAGAACGAUGUCGUGUGUGGUUCUGCGGAGGCAGUGCUCAGUAGCCGCCAGAGCGCAGUCGCUGCGAAAGCGGAAUGGCCUCCUCUCCUCGGCCCGAGGGGUCUUCUGCUCUGUCUCUCUGGCCUUGGUCUCCCUGUUAGCAACGUCUGCUGCUCCCUGUCUGCUGAGAGUCAAGAUGCCUUUCACUCACCAGAUAUUCAAGGGUCUUGUCCUGUACUGACCAUUUGUGAGGUGAUUGAGGGCGGGGGUGCAACCUGGAGGCACGCGAGCUGCGGCCCAUUCUGUGCAGGCAGAGGGGAGUGGGUCGUGGGCGACACUGGGUGUGGCUCGGUGCGGCACCUUGACAACCCCACAGUGCUGCCAGGAGCCCAGGACGACCGGAGUGACUGCGGAGGCUGGGUUCCGGUGGCAGUGUCUAGAGUCGAAGGUGGCUCUUGGGCUGGGGGGCCUCCUGGGGCCCCGACGGAGCUGUGGUGCGCAUCGGUGCGGGAAGUCACAGCGCUGGGAGGAAGGCUUGUCGGCGCUGGGCUGGGCAGAGCCCUGAGCUGUAAAUGCGCCUGGUGAGAAGCUGGGCAGAGCUGGGCCUUGGGAUGCCGAGUGAGCGGGGAGAGAGCGUGCCCUUCUUAGCGCAGCGCCUGGUCCUCAUCGGGGUGCGGUCUCCGUGGAUGUGCCCGGAGCAGAACAGGCAGGCGCGCGAGGAAAAACUAGGCAGGGGGCUGGUGGGUGCCAAGCCCAAUGGUGCCACUUGUUGCCGGUGUCAUGGUGACGGCCUGGCUUGCCAAGGGUGGGGGGGGGUGGCUGUCACGGGGUCUCCUUCCGGCGUGGGUCCAGGCGUCUGAUGUGGCAGCUCUGGAGGCCUUAUGUCAAUCUGUUAAAGAAAUGGCCUGGUCUUGUUGAACCAGAGGUGGCGGGGGUGCCAGCAAGGUGGAGGCUGGCUGACUGCGUGGACCGGGCGGCUCUCCACCCUCCUGGGACUCCAGGCGUGAGUCCAGCUUUCUCUGUGCUGAGGUGAUGGAGGAAUGAGCUGGCUGGGGCCUGUGUAAGCGGGGUGGCCCGUGUCUGCACAGGUCCUGUAAUUCUGGAGAAAAUAAAGCUUUGCGCACCCCGUCCAUCGGGGCAGAACACAGCAUCCCAGGCCGCCCUGGGGGCGCACGGGGUUAAGCACGGCACUGUGAAGUUACCUGCAGCCUCUGCAGCACAAGUUCGAUCCCCGGGCAGGAAGAAACCCACAGGGCGCAGCAGACCUCUCCUGUCUCCCCGCUGCUCCCCUCAGCAGUGUGUUUCAGUGGAUCCACCUGUUCUGCUCCCCGCUCUGUCUCUGGUGGAUCCUCUCACUCCCCCACCUCUGGCCUGCACCCCAGCUCUUCUAUGCAUACGUAAAGAAAUGUUCAAAAAACAAAAAAAAAGACAGUGUCUCUCAGCUGGUUGUCUCAGCCUUGAGGCAGUCAAAGGGAUGGAAUGAUUCGUGAAAUGCCUCUGCGCCCAGUGUAAGUGGGUCCUGUGCUCGGGAGGCCGUCCUAGUUCUCUCGCAGAGUGUGUGAUGGGGGGAGGCGCUGGGAAGGGGCUCUGGGACCCUUCGAGCUGGCAGAUGGGACCCCGAGGUGCUUCCCUGGGUGACAGCGCACUGCUGGCUCUCAAUGCGCUGCGGGACGCCCCCCCCAGAGCAGAGCAGGCUUCGCGCCGCCCCUUAGCCCUGCUCCGGUGGGCGGCGAGGCCGCGGGGGAGACUCGGCCUUCCCGUCAGGUCCGCUCUGCGAAGGGCUUUGGCCGCCACGCUCUGCCCGGGUCUCUGUUCUGUGCGGGAACGGGCGGAUUUGGGCGCCUCCGAACACCUCCCUCUCCCGCCUGCUAGUUCUGGGAGGAGCGCUGUCGCUGCAGGAAGCCCGCCCGCCGAGGAGCAUGGAGCAGGCCGCGGCGCUGGUGAGGAGCAUCGUGCCGCCUCUGGGCGCCAGGAAGUACAAAGGCCAGGACGGCCGCAUCGGCGUCGUGGGCGGCUGCCGCGAGUACACCGGCGCCCCCUACUUCGCGGCCAUCUCCGCCCUCAAAGUGGGCGCCGACUUGUCCCACGUGUUCUGCACCCGGGAGGCCGCCCCCGUCAUCAAGGCGUACAGCCCCGAGCUGAUCGUGCACCCGGUUCUAGACAGCCCCGGAGCCGUGCGAGCCGUGGAGGAGUGGCUGCCCCGCCUGCACGCCCUGGUCGUGGGGCCUGGCUUGGGGAGAGACGAGGCCCUGCUCAAAAACGUGCAGGACGGGCUGUGGCUGGUGGCUCAGCGGCCGGCCCUCGUCCAGGGCUACCCGAAGGCCGUCCUCACGCCCAACCACGUGGAGUUCGGCAGGCUCUGCGAGGCCGUGCUGGGCGCGCGGGCGGACGGCAGCAGUCGCCACGCGGCUGUGCUGAGACUCAGCCAGGCCCUGGGGAACGUGACGGUGGUGCAGAAAGGGGAGCAGGACCUGAUCUCUGACGGCCAGCAGGUGCUCACGUGUGACCAGGAGGGCAGCGGCCGCAGGUGCGGUGGGCAGGGCGACCUCCUGUCGGGCUCCCUGGGCGUCCUGGUGCACUGGGCUCUCCUCGCUGGACCCGAGAAGACACGAGGGUAUGGCCGCACCCCUUCCUCCCGCAGGGACUCGGCGCUCUGGCGCUCCUUUAGCACGAGCACGCGGAACGGACAGUGGCUGGAAACGUUCCAGAGAAACCCUGGCACCACGUGGGUGCAGCUGGGCCAGACUGCCAGGCCUCUGCCUCAGUAGAUGCCCGUGGGGCUUGGGUGUGGGGCUUGGGAAGCUGCAGCCACGUCGAGGGGAUGGUCCUAGCAGGGCUCCCGGGCGCCAGAUGGGGGUUUUCCCAGUGAGGUGACGGGAACCUGGCGGGCGUGGGGUGGGCAGGGCCCUGUGAGCCUCUUCCUCUGCACUCGCCCCAUGAUGGUGACGGCGGAGCCUGGCCCGCGAGGCAGUGCUGGGGUGCACCUGCGGGGAGGAGGCCCAGGCGUGCUGCUGUCUCCGCUCUGACGGGCCCGCCCGUGGGCACAGGCUUGGGUGUUCCUCACCCCGGGAGACCAGGGACACUCCGUGUGGGGGUAGAGGCGCGCGAGGAGCACACCCCUCGCCGGGGGUGGGGAUCCUUGUGCCAGCUGUGAUAGCAGAGCCAUGCUCUGCCUUGGAGGCUCGUCCUGUCAGGCUGGAGCGGCCAGUUGGGGGUUCGGGUGGCCAUGGGAGGAGCCCAGCCAGGUGCCUGCUGACAACC